CCGCCUUGAACGUCUCUGCGUGGCCGCUAGAGACGCGUCCGCCCUUCCUGCGGUAGGAAACUGACGUAAAAACCAAAAGGCAGGCAGACAGGCAGAGCUCCGCGUUAAUUAAAAGCUUAAAUAUAAUAUUUUGACCGAAAAUCCACGUCGUCCUUCUGAAGUUGCAGCUGCUCGGAACAGUUUGGUGCCAGACAGGAAAACACGGCUAGAGGGAGAUAGAACCAGGCUGUAACCUGGUUUAUUUGACAUGGCCGAUCUGCUGAGGCUGCUGCUGCGGGUGGCUGAGAAGGCUGCGAACGUGGCUCGCCUCUGCAGACAAGAGGCUCCGCUCUUUCAGCUCCUGGUGCAGGAGAAGACCGGCGAGGACAAGAACAAGAAGUUUGUGCAGGACUUCAAAACGCUCGCCGACGUGGUGAUCCAGGAGAUGAUUCGGCAUGACGUUAGAGCUCAGUUCCCUGAGAUGGCUGGUUUCAUUCAUGGAGAGGAGUCGAACAAGUUUGAGAACGGUCUAGGAGAAAGUGUGGUUGUAACAGUCUGCAGCACAGAGGAGGAGACCGCGAAGCUCCUGGCCACCGUGUUGGACGGGGACCAGACGGCGGCGUCUCUGCUGGCUCGAGCCAUCCACCAAGACCCGGCCACCAUUGAGGCGACCACAGACGGCCUGACGGUUCCCCUGAAACCCUCUGAGCUUGGCAUCUGGAUUGACCCCAUAGACGCCACCAGUCAGUACAUAGGAGGCCACGAGGCGGUGCUGGAAGAGGGCCGCCUGUUCCCGUCAGGUCUUCACUGCGCGCUGGUUCUGAUCGGGGUUUACCUGCGCAGCACAGGCGAGCCCGUCAUGGGCGUGAUCAACCAGCCGUUCAACAGCAAAGAUCCAGCCGGCUGUUGGAGAGGAAAGCAUUACUGGGGUGUGUCCUGCGGCAGCAUCAACAUCUGUUCAGAGUCCAGACCGGGAGACAGAUCCGACGGACAGCGAGGCGUGUCCGUGGUGCUGAGCUCCAGCGAGAAGCAGCCCGUGAAGGAAGCUCUGGCUUCGGUGUGCGGCCCGGACCAGCUCAUGUACGCCUCCGGCGCCGGGUACAAGAUCCUCUGCGUCAUCCAGGGCCUGGCGGACGCUUACGUUCUGUCGGAGGGGAGCACGUUUAAGUGGGACUCCUGCGCUCCUCAUGCCCUGCUCCGGGCCCUUGGAGGAGGGGUGGUGGACUUGGCCGUGAGUCUGCAGCAGUCAGAGAGUGGAGGCGAGGACGCCAGGACAGAACUGACCUAUCACCUGCCUCGCGCUGAUCAAAAGGGAGCCGAGCGCUGGGCUAAUCAUGGCGGCCUGGUGGCCUACAGAGACCGUUCUCAGCUCCGCAGCAUCAUUGGAGCUCUGAAAGGCAAACUGUAGGUGAAAAAACCCAGAAACCCGCAAGGGGAAGGGAGGGUUUAGUGGUUGAACAAGCUGUCAUAUUUAUCUUUUCUAUGCUGGUCCAGGAAAACCGAAACUCAUUUUAACCAGAUUUAUACAACAGGAUGUUGCCAAGUAUAUAUUAGAAUAAGUGCAGGUUAUGAUGUUUUUAUUGUUGAAUUAUUUUUAAAUGAUAGAAAGGUGUGCUGUGCCUCUCACAAGCCCCUAAACAGUCAGGUUUGCAGUAUUUCCAAAGGCAAACAGCAUUUUAAAGUGUAAGAGUGGAAUAUUUUGUGUUCAUGAAUGAAGUUAUUAUAAAUAUAUUAAAGAGACUUAUGUAUUUUGUAUAAAAAAAAAAUAGAUCAAUAAUGAACAUGAAUGAAAUUAAAUGAAUUUCUUCACAGAAAAAGAGCCUUU